AUGUUUGAAGAUGACAAGAUCGUUGUUGUAGGGAACGACUUCAAAAUCGAAAUCAGAAUCGGGAACCAACCCUCCAGGGCUCGUAUUGCUCGUUUCCUCAACGCCGAAAAGGACGCCGAGCGUGUCGGUGUCGGAGCUCCUGUGUAUCUCGUUGCCGUUCUUGAGUACCUAGCGGCUGAGAUUUCCGUCGAAAACAUUCAAAACUUGAAAUUCAUUGAUUACAGGUUCUCGAGUUAG